AGUCAAAGCGCGCGCGCCGGCCCCGACCACGAACACAACACAGGAGCAAGAGCAGAUCUGCUUGUUUGCGCUCUACCUCCUGAUGCAGUCAGCUGCUCUACGCUAAACAAGCUUCACUCACUGACUCCAACAUCAGGCCAAGUGGACGGGCAAUCAAUGCAUCAAACCGCCAAAUCAAUGCCGUCGUCGCCUGCAACCUAUCCACAAAUGCCAGGGCGCAGCCCACUCGACGACCUAGUCUUUGCUGCACGGGGCACGACAAAGUAUACAGAAUCCGAUGCAAUGAGUACCUUUACCGUCGCAGAAUCAUUCUUUUCUACGGAUACCCGGUUCAGCUCAGACACAACAGUUGCGUACAAGGAUUACAUGGGUUCUCAGGGACCACAGGAAGUGUACCAUGAGCAAGCCCUCACGCAAACGUCUCUCCACCCCAAGCAGUUUGAUGCGCAAUCUGUGCGCUCAUUUUGGGUAGAGCCGGAGCCUGUUCACCGGUACACAACACCAGAUCAAGCGCGACGACCACAAAGAGCGAUAGCGUCACGGGAUAGCGUAUCUAGUAUCGCUUCUGAUGCGACCGUCAAGCCAAGUCCUCACCAGCAUGCACUACAACAACUAGAACCUAAUGGCUACUCUAACUUUCAUCAACCGCGCGACAUUCCGCGAGAGCAGUAUAUCGUUCACAAUCCUAAUUCUCGGACGCCAUCCCCGAAUCAGCCAGAGGGCAGUAUGUAUGGCUUCCUCAUGAAACCACAUACGCGCCGUUCUGUGUCUUCUGGCACUGGACAGCCUGGUAUGAUUUCACCCAAGCAACUCAUGCGUGCACUCAGCAAAUCUGGCAAGUCACCACGGCAAGCUGAAUCGCUACGCCAUGCUUCCGACCCUGCUGUAACCUCCCACACGCCAGUGAGUACCAGUAGCGGUUACAGCUCACGCAUUCCAAGUGAUAGCAAAACACAUGGAGUCGCGUCGCCUCGGACGCCAGGCGGCUCGCUUCGACUAGAUCUGAAUGAUUCGCGGCCACGUAGUCGACUUCCGCGUAAAGACCUCAUGGCGAGCUUAGAGAGUCUGCAACUGGAUGGUCGACGUCCAUCACCGUCCAUAGAGGCGAGAAAAUCGCAUUCUGCCAAUCCGGGCAGUACGCCUGCUUCGUAUGCAGUCGCCGGUGGAUAUGCGAGUCAAGAAGUGGAGAGUACCCGACGGCCUCCGAUGCGUGCACGCUCGACGUCGCGUAAGUCAAUGAAGCCCGGUAAUCGACAAGUCUCACUCAACGACUCGCCCAUGGCGUCACUUCCGGAUAAUGCACUCUCACCGGAUGAUCAUGUGGAUCUCGGUAUCGAGCAACACGAAAAGAACAUGCUACCCCAAUCAACGCAUCAUUUCAGAAAAGCUGCUGAAGCGGGUGAUCCUGUUGGUUGUUUGCUCUAUGGUCUCGCAUUACGGCACGGUUGGGGUUGUCGUGCUGAUGUCGACAGAAGCCUUGUAUAUCUCGAACAGGCGGCACAAGCAGCGAGUGAUACAGUCCAUGCGUCUAUGCGACGCUCUAUGAUGGCUGGGAAGAAUCUUGGUGCAGAAUUGGCUGUUGCCAUGUUUGAGAUUGGCAUGUCGUAUCGCAAUGGUUGGGGUGUUGCUGCUGACAAGAAGCGUGCAGUGGAGUACUUCGAACUUGCGAGCGCGUGGGGCGAUGCUGAUGCGAUGAUUGUGCUGGGUGAUUUGUAUCUGCGCGGUGAUGGUUGCAAGAAGGAUAAACGGAGAGCAGCUCAAAUACUGAGAGCGGCUGAAGCUAAAGGCAAACGAGAUGUUGGCAACUCGUGGAUCUACAAGAGUAAGUAUGACUGAUAAUCAGGCCAUACCUGUGAAUCAAGAUUGAUGCAGCAUAAUGAACUUGACCCCUUGAAAGUAUGGAUGAUGCCAGAAGCUCGUGGCCUCAGCCGCAUCCUACAAGACCCAAGGCUCAGCAUCAUUCUAGUUCAUGAUCGUCAUCAUUCCCACUCAGAGCGCCCAGCCAGCUUACGCACAUCUGUUCAUCGUCACCGCUGGUGUGAUAACGUCUUGUCAAGUUCCUGAUCACCGUACGUAGUGCUCGCCCUUGACGAGAUGGAGAACGAGGCAUUUCU